AUGUCUUCUGAAUCUACUGACCUGCUCUUGGAGCGGAGACUCGGUUCUGUCGUGGAGUACACACUCAAUCGACCCAAUAAGCUCAACGCCUUGUCCGACCAGCUGACUCACCUCCUCAAAACAAAGUUGCAGUAUGCAGAGACGGACGAGACUGUAGAGGUAAUCGUACUUAGAGGCAAUGGCAGGGCAUUCUGUGCUGGAGGUGAUGUUGUGGCCUUGUCGCUUCAAGCAAAGACAGGGAAGGACGAGGAGAUACAAAAGGCAAACACUUUUAUGCGUGGACAGUAUCUGCUCAACCAUAUCUGUGCGACGCUCGAUAGUAAAGUCACAGUUGCUUUCUGGCACAGCAUCACCAUGGGAGGCGGCAUGGGUUUUUCCGUACCACUAGACUUUCGAGUCUGCUCGCCCAACACGAUGAUUGCCAUGCCAGAAUGCUCCAUCAGUUUCUUCCCUGAUGUCGGCGCAUCGUACUUUCUCAAUCAGCUCGGUCCAGGUAUCGGCAUGUACCUUGCGCUGACUGGAAAUCGUCUGACGGGGUACGAGGCGGUUGCUUUUGGUCUCGCAACGCACUAUAUGGAAAUUGAGACAAUCGAGGAAGCCGUUCAAGCUCUCAGCAAAGCGUCAUCACGCGACCAGGUCAAUCGCCUGCUUACCGGGCUAGCUUCUCAGCCUUCAAACGAUGCAAUUGCUGCUGCCAAAGAAAAGCUCAAGUACAUCAAGGAGACUUUCACUGCACCGAACCUCAAUCAAAUCUUCGCAAGACUGGAAGCUAUGAACAAUGCGUGGUCGAGAGCUGCGCUGGUGGGCCUUCGAUCUGGCUCACCCACAGCCGUCUCUGUCACUUUUGAGAUGUUGAAGCGCGGCAAAAGCAAGACUGCAGAGCAAUGUCGCGAGAUGGAGUAUGUGCUGCAUACGCAUUUCAUGCGUUUGCCUGAUUUUAUCGAGGGUGUUGACAAGAAGCUUGUUCGAAAACCGGCUCGCAAGCCGCAAUGGCAGCCAUCGUCGCGCAGUGAGGUGACGCAGGCAAUGAUUGACGCCUUCUUUGUGCCCGUUCCCACGGACGGCGUCUUACAGCUCGGUGCCAAGGUGGCGGAUCCGAAGAAGCAGAACCGCUUUGUGCGUCACGGAUCAUCUUAG